CAACAUGACGGUCAAAUAGGCAACAUCUAUGUUUCGGAAGAUCUUCUGCCUUGCAAGAAGGCACAUAUCAUUGUGUGCGAACAUGACUGGUGUACGCGGGCGGUUCUUUGUCAAUCAGUUUCCUGAUUACGUCACAGGCUCAAUCGUGACGAUUGACGAGUCCCGAUGGAGUGACGCAGUCCGGUCCCUGGCGGAUGAGGUUUAUGAAAACAUGAAGCCCGAACCGGAUAACUCGGACGGUGGACUGUAUGUUGGCAAUGCCGGGCUGGCGUACAUGUUCUACUAUCUAUCAAAAAUCAAACAUCUGUCAGCUAAGAGGGAGAAAUACCUCGAGAAAGCUAUGGAGUAUUUAGAACAAGCCAUUGCCCACAUAAACAGCAAGUCGUGUCGCGAUCCCGUUACGUCGUUUAUCAUUGGCAAGGCGGGAGUUUAUGCGGUCGGUAGCGUUAUAUUAAAUGAAAUAGGCAGUGAUAAGUCUUCCAAAAUGGCAGUCCAGUUUGCUCAGGUGGCUAACGUGUGUAAAACUGUCGGAGAUUUCCUAGGCUGUGGGUCUGAUGAGUUAUUUAUCGGUCGUGCCGGGUAUCUGUGCGGAGUGCUGUUUCUGCAUAAAGCCUUGGGUCGAAAGGUUGUCGAGGACAAAGAUAUCCAUGGCGUUUGCGCGGCUAUUGUCAAGUCCGGGAGAGAUUAUGCCAAGAGACACCACUCACCAUGUCCUCUUAUGUACGCCUACUACAAAACCGAAUAUCUAGGUGCCGCCCACGGCCUGUCCUCCAUUCUCCAAAUGCUGCUGUCUUUCCCUGACUAUCUCCAAUCGGACCCGGCCGCAGAGGCUGAUGUCAAGGCAUCCGUGGACUUCAUGUUGAGUCUAGAACAGCCGAACUUUAACUAUGCCCCUGCCAUGGACGAGGUUGGCGCCCCGAGGAGUGAGGCUGAUCAGCUGGUACAUUGGUGUCACGGAGCUCCCGGUAUCGUGUACCUCUUCGGCCGAGCGUACGUCUUGUGGAAGGAGGAGAGAUUCCUGGAGGCUUGUGUAAGGUGUGGGGAGAUCACCUGGAAGUGUGGCCUGCUGAGGAAGGGACCCGGCAUCUGCCACGGCGUGGCCGGUAGUGGUUACGUUUUCCUUCUCCUAUUUCGUCUUACCAAAGAUCCCAAGUAUCUGUAUAGAGCACAGAAGUUCGCCGAGUUCAUAUUCACGCCAGAUUUCAAGUCCGGUGCCCGGCGUCCGGACACACCGUACAGUCUGUAUGAAGGAUGGGCCGGAACGGCUUGCUUUCUGGGGGACCUACUACAGCCAGACAAAGCAGAAUUUCCCUUUUUUGAUGUCUUAUAGAGAGUUGCCACCGGCCUGCGGAUGUCACGCAAAGCAGUCGGAAUAUGGACAUGUGAUCCAACCAUCACGAAGUUGGUAGCACAAGCAUCAUGGAUUAAUAAUGAAAUGAGGACUGAACAUGCCAUGUAAAUAGUUAUAUGGCAUAUUCAGUCAUAAUUUUAUUAUCAACAAUGAAUAGUUGUCAUCCGUGAAGACUUAUGUUAACUUCUUGCGCAAUCAUUAACAUAUGUUGUAUUAAAAAUGAUUGUAUUAAAAAUUAUAAAUUUUGGGUGCAAAGGAAUCUAUUGUUUGGAUACUUGCGAAUGUAUGUAAAAUCAUGCAGUGGAAUGGAAUUAGAAGUCAACCAAGAUAAUAUAUAUUAUUGCAUAAAGUACUCUGACAGUGACAUAGUGAGGGAGUGGGUAUGUAUACGACUGGUGUAAGAAGCAGGUGGCAACGCAAAACCCCCACAAGCAUAUUAGUAAACAAAACCGAAUGUAUUUGAAAGUAUAAAAUACGAACAGCAGUUUAUGACUGCUCUCCUAUGACUGCUGUCUGUGACUUUAUAUUUCGAUCAAGUCGUCGUGUGACCUCGUACAUGAACACUGAUAUCUUUUAAUUCAGUGGCCUCAUUCCC